AUGUUCCUCCAUACAUUCUAUGUAUACUUCUUCAUCGCUUGCACCUUCAUUAACAGCGCUACAGCUCAGAUACCUGGCAAUAGCGAUGAAGAAGGUUAUUCUUCCGACGAACAUGCUCCCAAGACGGCCAUCGGAACAGUGUCAUACCAUGAAAGUAAACUUACUCAUCAUCAGAAGAAGCAUGCAUUUCACGAAGCAAUGUCAACACAUUUAGGUAACACUAAACAUCGUAGACUAGCACAAGAUCAUGCAAAAGAAGCAAGUUACAGUAAAGAUCUGAUGGCCGUUCAUAAUCAUUAUUCAGAAGGAAUCGAAAGUGGUGAAUAUGAUGCCGGUCAAAAAACCACAGAAAGAAAGAGAACGAGCGCAUUGCCAGAAUCCCCAAAAAAUCCGCAAGAAGCUAUGAAUUUGAUCAAUAAACCAGACCAACCGUGGGAAAUGAAACAUAGAGGGGACAAUCCAUCAAAACAUUUACCUGAUGAUCAAAUUGAGGAAAAACGUAAGAAUCUUAAACAAAGGUUACACGGUAAUUUAGCCGGAUCAUCAAAAGCAGGCUCUUCACGGUGGUCAAAAAAUUCUUCUUCUCAACAAGCUAAGCAAUCGUCCAAGCGAUCCGAACAAGAACAAAAAAGUGGCAAAGGCAAAGGAAAAUACAAAAGGGGCUGA